AUGUUUAGAAACAACUACGACGGUGAUACGGUGACUUUUUCGCCUACGGGCCGGCUUUUCCAGGUCGAAUACGCGCUAGAAGCCAUCAAGCAAGGCAGCGUGACAGUCGGCGUACGGUCGAAGAAACACGCCGUGUUGGUCGCUCUGAAACGUAACGCAGACGAGCUUUCCUCGUACCAAAAAAAGAUCAUCAAGUGUGACGAGCAUAUGGGGCUUUCGCUUGCUGGGCUCGCGCCCGACGGGCGCGUGCUCAGCAAUUUUUUGAGACAGCAGUGCAACUACUCGAGCCUCGUGUACAACCGCAAGCUUGCGCUCGAAAAGGCUGGCCACUUGCUCAGCGACAAAGCACAGAAAAACACGCAAUCCUACGGCGGGAGACCUUACGGUGUCGGCCUGUUGCUUGCGGGGUGCGAUAAUAGCGGUCCGCACAUACUCGAAUUCCAGCCCUCGGGCAACACGCUCGAGAUCUACGGGACUGCGAUUGGGGCGCGCUCCCAGGGCGCCAAGACUUAUCUCGAACGCUCGCUCGACGAGUUCACGCAGCUUGAAGAUGCGGACGCGCUCAUCGCGGUCGCCGUCGAGGCCCUCAAACAUUGUCUCAAGGACGAAACUCUGAGCACCAAGAACCUGUCCAUCGCUGUGGUCGGGCCCGACAAGCCUUUCACGGUGCUCGAUGGCGAGGCCGUCUCUGCGUACCUGUAG